AUGGAAUACCGCCGGGAUCAAGUCAAGCGCGUGAUCAGUGAGUAUCUCGCUGGUGUAGACGACUUGUUGCGACAAGUCAACCUCAACAUUCACAGCAACCCCGAGCUUGCCUACGAGGAAAGGUACGCGCAUGAUACUAUCAGUACAUUUCUGGAAAACUUGGGCGUGCCGGUGAUUCGCAGUGCGUACGGGUUAGCCACCUGCUUUGAGGCGACGGGUGGCUCGGGGGGACGCUGCGUCAACUUCAACGCCGAGCUCGAUGCCUUGCCCGGGAUCGGACAUGCGUGCGGGCAUAACCUCAUUGCUACCGCGAGUGUGGCAGCCUUCCUCGCCCUGAGACACGCCCUCGCAGAAUUUGCGGUUCCGGGUCGAGUUCAACUACUGGGGACCCCGGCCGAGGAGGAUGGCGGCGGCAAGAUCGAUCUGUUGAAGCGCGGCGCGUAUGAGAAGGCCGGCCUCUCAUUGAUGGUGCAUCCUAUGGCCCAAUCCAGCUUUCGGGAUCGCGCUGUCAUUGGCGCUGCUGGCCAAAGGUCCAUCGCUUGCGUCGAUCUGGUGUGCACAUAUACCGGAGUGAGUGCCCAUGCAGGCGCGAAUCCUUGGGAGGGGGUGAAUGCCCUGGAUGCCUUUGUCACAGCGUACAUGAACAUCUCCGCUCUGCGCCAGCAGAUACAACCACAGGAACGAAUCCAUGGGACGAUUCUGGAGGCUCCGAAAAUUACCAAUGCGAUACCGGAGAAGACAGUGGCAAAGUUCUCUGUCCGAAGCCCCACAAUGAGUAGUCUGGCGGCUCUUAGUGACCGUGUACGUCACUGCUUACAGGCUGGAGCGCUUGCAACCGGGUGCCAUGCGUCCUUCGAGGACACCCCCGCAUACGCCGACCUCCUCGUAAACCCCCCUUUGUGUGCAGAGUACUGCCGGUCUAUGCAAGAGCAAGGAGAGAGGCUGUUGCUGGAGGCGGAGGAGGUGAUGACGGGAUCAACCGACCAAGGGAAUGUCAGCUAUGCCCUCCCGGCGCUCCAUGCGAUCAUUGGCAUCCCGGUUUCCAACGGCGCCCAAAAUCAUACACACGAGUUCUGCGUAGCCUCGGGCGAGCCGGCUGCCUACCAGAUCAUUCUCAAAGCUGCAGCCGCGAUGGCCAUGACCGGCUGGGCCUUCUUGACGGACGACUCGUUCUCUGCGAAGAUGGGAAAUGUAGCGGAUCUCGUAGCCUCCGAAGCACGGAAAGUCCGCUGGAAGAUUGACUGUGUGCUGCUUCCGUUGCUAGGUGUUUGCUACAUGCUCCAGUUCCUGGACAAGCAGACCCUAAGCUACGCAUCCUUACUGGGGAUCCUAGAAGACGUCCAGCUGGUGGACCGCCAGUUUUCGUGGACCGCGUCGAUCUUCUACUUCGGCUUCAUCUUCUGGUCCUAUCCGACGGUGUAUCUGUCGGUCCGAUUGCCGAUUGGGAAGUACCUCAGCUGCACCGUAAUCCUCUGGGCGGCCGUCCUCAUGUGUCAUGCGGCAUGCCGCAGCUUCGCUAGCCUCAUGGUCACUCGUUUUUUUCUGGGAGCGUUAGAAGCGUCCAUCGCUCCGGGGUUCUCGCUGAUCACGGGAAAAUGGUAUACACGCAAAGAGCAGCCACUCCGCUACGGACUCUGGUUCGCCGGAUCUGCUGUAGCGAGUCUCUUUGGUGGCCUAGCCGCAUAUGGGAUUGGGCACCUCAAGGGUGCUCUUGCCGCAUGGCAAUACCUGUUCCUUAUAUUUGGUGGGAUCACCGCCUUCUGGGGUACGGUGAUGGUCGUCCUUCUUCCAGACAGCACCAACAACGCCCUGUGGUUGCGAAAGGCCCAGCGACAAGUUGCAGCAUACCGUGUGCUGGAACCCGCGCAGGAAGCCCGGGGCGGCGGCUACAAACCCUACCAGGUAGUGGAAGCUUUCAAGGACCCAGUGACUUGGUGCCUCUCGCUCUACUCAUUCAGCGUCAAUAUCGCAAAUGGCGGUUUGACUUCUUUCGGCUCUCUUGUGAUCCAGGGAUUUGGCUACGAGGGGAUUCAAGCCCUACUCAUCCAAAUGCCGACCGGUGCAGCUCAGUUGGGCUUUAUUAUCGUUGGCGCCGUCCUAUGCUCGUACUUCCGAGAUCUGCGGACCAUCGUCAUCUUCUGUUUCGCCGUCAUCAGCAUGAUAGGCAUGGUGCUGAUGUAUGCGCUGGAUGAGAACAAUCAAUCCGGCCGCUUGGCCGGAUUUUGUCUCAGUCUCGCCUUUUCGGCCAGCAUGCCCAUCUCUUUGUCGCUGGUUACGAGCAAUGUGGGCGGAAUGACCAAGAAGGCCACCGUCAAUGCAUGUGUGCUGGUCAUGUAUUGUGUGGGAAAUGUCGUCGGCCCACAGUUCUUCAACGUCCGGGACGCACCGAACUACCCCCAAGGCAUCCGGGCCAGUCUGGCUGGGUUCUGUCUGGGGGCGUUUUUCAUCGCAUUGCUGCGGGUGUACCUGAUGUGGGCGAACGCACGGCGUGGCCGGCAGCCGAAUGGCGAAGAGAGCAUGGUAUCCGACCAUGAGGAUAAGACGGACUGGGAGAUUCCUUCCUUCCGAUAUGUUUUGUGA